AUGGCUCCCUCCACACCAAAGAUCAAUAUCAAUCCUACCAAAAGCUCUGGAUCUGGAAUCAAAAAGAAGAGUGCGCGAGCCCCCCGUCCUGUCUUGCCCAAUGACGCUCCAGCAAUUAUGACCCCUAGCGAUGCCACCAUGAUGGAGAAAAAUCUCUUCCGGCUCUGGGCAUUCUACAAGACAACCUCGAAUGUCAUUCCCCGCCAUGGUGAUAUUGCCGAGAUCCUCGGCAUCACUAAUCAAACUUCUCGUAAUCGUUUUGCCGCUAUCAGAGCUUUGAUGGGAUUGAUUCAAAUCCGAGCUGAAAAGGAGGCGCCUUCUGCUGAGGAGAAGACCAAGAAUGCGGAAGGAGACGAAGCUGAGGCGAGGAUGCAAUUCAGCAAAAAAAAAAAAAAAAAAAAGUCAAGGAUGAAGAAACUAAGGAUGAAGGAAUGA